AGUGCUGCCCAUCAGUGCCACCUAACAGUGCCAGUUAGUGCCGCCUAACAGUACCAUCAGUGCCUCCUAACAGUGCCAGUCAGUGCCACCUAACAGUGCCAUAUAUGAGUGCUGCCUUUCAGUGCCCAUCAGUGAUGCCUGUCAAUGCCCGUCAGUGCCACCUACCAGUGCCUCCUCAUUAGUGCCCAUCAGUGCAGCCUAUCAGUGCCCAUCACUGCAGCCUCAUUAGCGCACAUCAGUGAAGGAGAACAAUCACUUAUUUACAAAAUUUUA